UUCUUUAUGGUGAAAACUUCGGUUCGAACCAAGCCGCCUUUAGUCUCUUGCUCUGCACAAGUCCUUUCAGUCCCAACGAUUGCAGCUAUUCUUUCUUUAUAUCCUUUCUGAGAAAUGGCUUGGCGGAGUAGUGGCACGACCAAUCAAGAAAUGGUCAACAACUUGAAGCGAUUUGGAGUCAUUCAUUCACAAGCAGUGGAAGAUGGAUUCCGCGCUGUAGAUCGUCGCUUCUUUGUUCCUCAGAAUCGCCUCGACUUGGCACACUCGGACCAACCCCUCAAGGAAGAGAACAUUCAUAUUUCGGCCCCGCACAUCUAUGGCACCGCCUUGGAAGCGCUCGAGCUCACACCGGAUACAGGGUUGAGCUUCCUAAAUCUGGGUUCCGGUACCGCUUAUCUUUCGGCUAUGGUAGCGACGAUUUUAGGACCGGCACAUCAGCACUUGGCUAUCGAAUUGCGUGACGAUGUGAUCCAGCAUGCGCACAGCAGUUUAGCCCGGUGGGGUCGUUUAGCUACGAAAACCGCCACCAAGGUUCCGCCAAUUGAAAUUCUGAAGGGAAAUGCGCUUUUUAUCGACGACACGCUUGGUGAAGCUAGGUUUGGCUUUGAUCGCAUCUAUGUUGGAGCGGCAGUCGAGAAGGAAGACAUUCAAGGAAUUGCGAACCUACUUCGCCCAGGUGGCAUUCUAGUUGGUCCUGUGGAUGAUGAAUUAGUCAAGAUUGUCCGGGUCAGCCAGGCAUCCUCACCGCGACCACAGCCUCCUCGUAGUAUACGGGGUCAUCCUCCCGCUCUGACCAACGAGUUUACAAUGCAGGUCCUUUCCGGUGUGCGCUUCGUGCAGCUUUCGAUCAGUCCUCCCCUUUCGGUGGUUAUUCCGAGUCAUGUGUGGGACCCUUCUAUACAUCACAGGUAUCCGGAGAGUUUCCGCAAGUCCUGCAAAGCGAUCUUACUCUGCUCCCAUGCACCAAUGUUGCAGCCUCUCUUACCAGCGCCAAGGUCCCGGAUCAAUGCCGCAAGCAAACUCCCAAGAGCAUUGUGGAUGGAAAUCCUCUCGUAUACACACCGCGACUGGUUUGCACCACCACGGUCAGAAGAGGCUUUCUUGCGUGCUCGCUUAGAGGAAGAACAGGAAGCCACCCGCCGUGCACAGAAGGCACGUGAAGAUACUGAGACGAGACUGCACAUGGCCGAGCGUGAGCGUGAUAUUUACCGCACGCUGGCCUUGCGCUGGCAAUCUCGCUUACGGGCCAUAACUCGUAGCGGUGCUGCCCAUCUUGAGAAUGCUGACGGCGACGACCCGUUAAUUGGUGUUGACGACAUAUCGCAGGCGGCUUCUAUAGCCCUUGUACAGGACCCAUCGCUACGAAUGGGAGGUCUUCGUUCCAUGUUUCGGCAAUUUCAACAAGAUAGCAGCGAAGAGGAAGAGACAGCAUCUGAGGCCGAGGGGAUGGAAGAUGUUGAGCAAGAAGCGAUGGAGGAAACAGAGAAUGCUUCACAAGGGUCAGAAGAGACAGAGUCUACUAUGGCUGCCUCACCCCCCGCGUCUUCCCAGGGGAUAGAGGCACGUUCACAGGCAAGAACCGUCUCGUUUUAAAGGAGGAGCUUCCUUGCUCACUUCCUUUCUAUGGAUCCAAUGCACCCUCUCAGCAUCCUGCGAGUGGGGCUGGUAUUGCAUUUUUAUUUACAUUAUUGCAUAUAGAUCGAAAUAUGUUCAUUUUGCUUUC